GAGGGCCAGCUGGGCUCACACGCACGCUCCAGGUGCUGGAAGAAGGACCACUGGCUGGAUGGGGUGACCAUGUGUCCCCGGGCCCUCCGCCUGCUUCGGGGGCUGUGCCUCUGGUUGCUGCUGGGCACCGUGAGCGGGAACCGGAGCUGCGUCUUCUAUGAGACCCCCCACAACCUGCAGGGCUCCAUGCGGCACCAGGGGCGUCUCCUGGCGGGCGCUGAGCACGGCACCAUCCUCUGCCACUCCAGCCACUGCUGCUUUGGGAUCUGGAACCAAAGCCACGGCCGGCUCCAAGCGGUGAUGCAAGGUUGCUGGGGCAGCGACCGAGAUGGCUGCGACUCCCCAGCCUGCAAAACCAGCCCCGUCCACACCGCCGGGGUCAUCUUCCAGCGCUGCCUGUGCCGCUCCGACUUCUGCAAUGCCAACGUCAGCCAGCUUGGGGCCCCUGCAGCGCCGCAAGUUCGGCCUCCCCCCGCCUUGUCCGCAGCCUCGGCUGGGUCUGCUCCGACGGGCACCACCUGGAUCGCCGUGGCCUGCUCACUGCUGUUCUUCCUCAGCUGUCUGGCCUUCCUAGUGCUGAGAAGGGUGAAGGUCUGUGCAGUGCUGCUGUGCCAGGAGGAGAGCGGCGAGCUGACCAAAGGCACCAUAGAACCCCAUUCCAGCCGUGAGAGGGAACUCCCCAGCCAGGAGCUGCCCGCGCUCCAGUUCCUCCAGGUGCUCCAGGAUGGGCGCUUCUCCGUGGUGUGGCAGGGCACCCUGCACCAGACGCCCGUCGCAAUCAAGGCCUUCCCCGACGCCUGCUCCCAGCACUUUGCAGCCGAGUGGUCCGUGCACAGCCUGCCCCUGAUGAACCACGACAACGUGGCCCGGCUCCUGGCGGCUGGGCGAGGAGGGGUGCGCGGGGAACAAGGGAGCCUGUUGGUGCUGCAGCUCUACCCAGCGGGUUCCCUGAGACACUUCCUGAGCCAGCACGUCAGCACCUGGGACACCACCAUCAGACUGGCCCUGUCGCUGGCCCGGGGGCUGGCCUUCCUGCACGAGGAGCUCUGGCACAACGGCCUGCACAAACCCAGCGUGGCACACCGGGACCUGAGCAGCCAGAACGUGCUGGUGCGGGAGGACCAGAGCUGCGCCAUCAGCGACUUCGGCCUGGCCACGGCGCUGCCCGCAUGCCUGGAGCAAUGGGGCGGCGGCCGCAUGGAAGCUGCUGUCAGGAAGGCAGGGACCCAGCGGUACAUGGCCCCCGAGAUCCUGGAUGACAGCCUGGACCUGCAGGUCUGGGGCCGCGCGCUGAAGCAGGCCGACAUCUACUCCCUGGCCCUGGUGCUCUGGGAGAUCCUGUCGAGAUGCUCGGGGCUCUCCCCAGACUGUGGGGUCCCUCCCUUCCAGCUGGCCUACGAGGCGGAGCUGGGCAGCAGUCCCACGUAUGGGGAGCUGAGGAGACUGGCCGUGGAGGAGAGGAGGAGGCCAGCCAUCCCCGACUCCUGGAGGGGGACAGGCCAGGUUGCCAUCUGCCUGCGGGAGCUGCUGGAGGACUGCUGGGACCCCGACCCUGAGGCCCGGCUGACGGCCGAGUGCGCCCGCCAGCGGCUCCAGUCCCUGGGAGCCGAGUUGCCGGCGGGGGUGUGCUGAGCUGGCAAGGGGUGCUGCCCCCAUUCUCACCCGCCAACAGCCCACGGUGCCUGGGAAUGCUCCUUGGGCCUCGGGUUGGCACUGACGGAGGAAGAGGAACUCUGGGGGCAGGGAUGGUGCCACGCCUGUGUCACCCCAGCUUUUGCCGGCGCUGUAUAUAAACAUGGCUGGCCUGCUGCCCAGCCGACCACCCCCACCUGGGCCGGAUUUGAACCUGCCGCUGCCCCCUGCUGGAUGGGAUCAGAGCUGCCUGAGCGCAAGUGUGAACCGAUUGGCCCCUUAUGGAGCUGACACAGGUCUUGUCCAUACCCCUGGCAGGCAGGAGGGGUGUACACCGCACGGCAUCCAGCGGGUGAGUGGGGUGCAGGCGGCUUGGCCAGAAGCCAUGUCUGCAUGGUUGUGGCCAUGGGUUUGUUCCCCAGAUCAAGGGAUCGAGCCCCAUUUCUGUUUGGUUGGCUGCUUGUGAUCAAUAAAUUGUGUGCCCUGUAUUCUGGGAUCAGUCCCAACCCCUUCGUGUCGGAGCAGCCUCUGGGCUGCUCUAACUUGCCCUCUGCUCCCAGGGGCUCCGGGAGGAGGGAAUACCCAUAAUGCAGUGUGCUUUGGCCAUACCCCCCAUCUGCCCCCAGGCUAGGAGCACAGCCCUCAUGUGGUCACGCCAGUCCCACACAGAUAUGCCAGCCCCCACGGAUGGGUGGGUGUGCAGCCCUUAAGUUACCCCCCAUCCCCUUCAUGGACAUGCAUCUCCUUAACCCUCCCCCCCACAUAGAUGGCAUGCACCUCUAUUCCCCCCCUCAUAGGCCUACAGACCAGACACACACCCUCCCCCAAGACACAUACACACACAGGGCAUAUGCCCUCCGCCACUCACCCACUGAUGGGCAUACACUGGUAUACACCUUCCAUGCACACACAUGCACACUGUCCUGGGCCUAGGUUAUGUUGUUUACAUUGUGGAUAGCAGGACCAAAUGCUCCCCGCAGGGCCGCCCAGAGGAUUCAGGGGCCCUGGGGCAAAGCGGGGGAGUGGACAUAAAAAAAGGCACCACCCGCUGC